AUGAGUGAAUCUCAGACAAGUGACAGUGAUGGGUUUCUCUCCCCUGAAUUAAGUGCUAGCCCGGAUAAAAACAGUGAUAGGUUUAAACCACUCAUGAUGAAGAUACAAACUAAUAAUGUGAAUAAAUGUGUAACUACUGACGGUCGAAAACUUCACGUGAACGAUAUUAUUUGGGGGAAAAUUCAAGGAUUUCCCUGGUGGCCAGGACGUGUCAUGUCCAUCACUAUUACAAAACGAGACAAUGGCUUGAUAAUUGCUCAACUUGCUCAUGUAGCCUGGUUUGGUUCCUCCACCAGAUCUCACAUGCCCUGUGAUGAAAUUUUCCCAUUUUUAGAAGAUUUUAAAGUUCGAUAUAAUAAGAAGAAAAGGGGUCCAUAUAAACUGGCCAUAAGACAAGCUACAAUGGCGGCACGUAGAACGUCAGGGGAUGGUUCAUUAGAUACUGGUAUUCAACACGUUGACAGUUAG